UGCCCUGAACUUCUAGUCUUCUACCUUGAGGCAACAUCACAAAUCUUUUACCAUCAAGCUAUAACGCAUCCUAACAUUUCAGGCCGCUUCAUUGGUGUUACAUUCGGAUAUUCAUCUGCCGGUUUCCAGGCGGUGAAUGAGCUGUCAGUCAGCUUCGAUGAUCUUCAUCUUUCAACAAACCUUCUAGAAGGUCUGCAUCUGGGGGGCUUUCACCGCGCCUCUCCUGUGCAAGUGAAAGCCAUUCCUAUAGGAAAACUCGGCUCAGAUCUUAUUGUUCAGGCGAAAUCUGGUACAGGAAAAACUCUUGUUUUCUCAAUUAUCCUGCUGGAAAGUGUGAACCCUCGAGAGCCACACAUCCAGGCCAUGGUUAUCUCACCUACUCGAGAAAUUGCCUUCCAAUCACUAAACGUUAUUCGACACCUGGCUUGUAAAAUACCUGAGCUGAAUUGCCAACUUUUCAUUGGCGGUGAGUAA